AUGGCUGCCAUCUGGUUUGGAACGUUCCUCCUCGUGGUGACGGCGUCGCUCAAGGCUUCCUACAAGUUUGCGUCUGUCUUUGUGGUGGCGCCAUCGUUUGUGCCAGCGGCGGCAGCAACGUGGCUGGCGUCGGCUGCGAGGCCUCCACCACAUCCGCUUGCUCUGCUCUGGUUGGUGUGGGCGAUUCUGGCAGGAACAGCCUGGCUCCUUGCUCUCAUUGAGCCGUAUGUUUGCUCACCGACGGCACGAGCUCAGUUCCAUCUCAAGCGAGCCAUGGCGAGGACCGCGAGCUACGAUGCCUGGCGGAUCCUGGCCGAGCAGUACGAUGCGCUCUCGGGUGGUCUUGCCUGGCGAAGCAACGAGAGCGAUGGCUUGUGCGAUGCGAACUUGCUCCGCUCACGCAUUGCCUCGCUCCGCGCUCUGCGAGGCGCCGGCAACAUGCGCGCCCUCAUGGGCCUGCUCCGUGGCUCGCUCGUCCGUGAUUUUGCCGGCAUCAACAACCCGGCCCUCUUUGCCCGUUCCAUGGUGGGGACCAAGCUGGUGAUCGAAGAGUAUGUUGCCGAAGUUGCCGCCUCGAUCGCCUUUAUCGCCGGUACUGAGGCCGACGGCGGCCGCGGAGCCGGUCCGUCGGCCACUGCCCGGUCCGGCUUCUCCGGUCAGGGCAAGGGCAUGCAGGCUGCAGCUGCUGACGACGACGACGACGGGCACGGGGUGGCGCUUGCAGAGCGUUUCGAGUUUUUGUGGCAGGCCCGGCAAGUGUACGGCCGGUCUGCGAUUCUGUUGUCGGGCGGCGGGCGGUUCGGCGCGCUGCACACGGGCGUGCUACUCGAGCUGUUCGAGCAAGAGCUCCUGCCGCGGGUCAUGUCGGGCUCGUCGGUCGGGGCCAUGGCCGCGUCGGUGUGCGCAGUUCACACCGACGAGGAGGCGCGGGCGAUGAAGCCGGAGGACACGCUCAACAUGAACGCGUUCGAGGCCAUCGACUCGGUGGCCUCGGUCUGGCGCAAGAUCCGCCGGCUGUAUGAGAAGGGCGUGCUCAUGGACGUCAAGGUCCUGCAAGACUGCCUGGUCUCCAACACCGGGCACACGACCUUUGCCGAAGCGUACGAGCAGACCAAGCGCAUUGUCAACAUCACGAUCUCAGGCGCCGGGCUCAACCAGCCGCCGCGGCUGCUCAACUACCUCACUGCGCCGGAUGUGGUCAUCUCGUCUGCGGCGGUUGCGUCGUGCGCCGUGCCGGGCAUCUUUGAGCCCGUUCCGGUUCUCGAGAAACGGCCCGACGGCUCCAUCCGCCCGUGGAUGGAGUCGUCGAUGAAGUGGUGCGACGGCUCACUCGAGACCGACGUGCCCAAGCAGCGCAUUGCUGAGCUCUUCAAUGUCAACUACUUUAUCGUGUCACAGACGAAUCCGCACGUGGUCCCGGUUCUCGACACCUUUACCACCGUUCGCUGGUGGACGCUAGUCAAGUCGCUAGUCGCCGCCGAAGUCGUCCACCGCAUGGAGCAGCUCCGGCUGCUCCACCUCAUCCCGCCGUUCUUUGCCCCGCUCAUUCGGCUCAUCUCGUCGAUUGCACCCUCCGCGGCCGACGCGCCACAUGGCGCAAGCUCGCCCACAUCCGCGUCGCCUACACCAUCGAGCGCUCGCUCGGCGACGCGGUGA